AUGUUCGUUUACUGGUUCGACAGGAUGUGGCUCUGGUUGUGUCCCGUGAUAGUAUUCUUGGGCGCCCUUCAGGAAAUCAGUCCCGGGCCUGCUUGCAGAAUCAGCGAGUUUCCGUGUAGAAAUGGAAAGUGUAUUCGCCUCAACGGGUACUGCGAUGGAAACGAUGAUUGCGGCGACGUUUCGGAUGAGCCUCCAUUCUGUACAGGUUCGUUCAAUACAUGA